GGCAGGGGGAGACAGAGAGACACAGAGAGGGAGAGAGGCGGCGGCGGUGGGGGCAGGAGGCUGGCGAGAUGCCAUUCACUCACCGGGCACCAGCCUCCAGAUAGAAACCAGGAGAGGCUGUUUAUACCCGACCCUGGCACUCACCCGCUUCGUUUAUUUAUUAAUUUAUUUAUUUAUUUUUAAGGAAAACAAGUGCCUUCGAUUGUAUUUAUUAUUUUUCUUAUUCCUGGGUCCACCCACCCACACCCUCCCAAAGAUGCCCAGAGGAUUCCUGGUGAAGAGAAGCAGGAAAUCGACCCCGGUCUCUUACCGAAUCCGCUCCGAAGAUGCAGCCCCGGGGCUGGAGACUUUCCCAGCUCCGGUCUCCGGUUACCCCCGGGGUUUGUCGAGCGGGCUCCCGGCCGUGCCCCGGGAGCUGGAGCAGCCGCCGCUGCCUCUCCCGCAGCCGCCGGUGGCGCGGCCGGUGAGCCGGGAGCACGGCCCCCGCUUCCUGAGCCUGGCGUCGCCGGCGGGAGCCGAGUCUUUCCCGCAGCCGCCCGCCGCGCCCCCGCCGUUCGCCGGCGCCUUGGACCGGGCGCUGCUGCUGCUGGCGCCGGCGGACGGCCAAGCGGCUCAGCGCCUUCCCCACCAUCACCCCCCCCACCCCCACCCCCACCAGCAGCACCAGCACAACAACAACAACUGCAGCAGCGUUGGAGGAGGUAGCGCCGCCCCGCAGCACAGGCAGAGCGUCAAAGCGGCCGCCCCCAAGAAAGCCAAAGCCAUCAGGAAACUCAACUUCGAGGAUGAGGUGACCACUUCCCCGGUGCUGGGCUUGAAGAUUAAGGAGGGGCCGGUGGAGGUCAAGCCGAGGUCGGGGGCGGCAGGAGGAGGAGGGGGUGCAGCAGGAGGAGGAGGAGGAGGAGGAAAACCCCUCGGGGAGUUUAUCUGCCAGCUCUGCAAGGAGGAGUACAUGGACCCCUUCUCCCUGGCGCAACAUAAGUGCUCUCGCAUCGUGCGGGUGGAGUACCGCUGCCCGGAGUGCGACAAGGUCUUCAGCUGCCCGGCCAACCUGGCAUCACACCGCCGCUGGCAUAAACCCCGGGCCCAGACCCCCGCCACCUCCAGCCCCAAGGGGGAACCCGGCAAAGCCAGCCCCGGGGAGGCAGCCGCCAAGGAGCCCAGUGACCGGGACACCCCGAGCCCCGGCUCCGCUCCCUCCGAGUCCGGGUCCGAGGACGGUCUCUAUGAGUGUCACCGGUGCAGCAAGAGGUUCCGGCGCCAGGCUUACCUGCGGAAGCACCUGCUCUCCCACCCAGGGGACCCCUACCCCCCGUUCCCCGGCGGAGGAGUGGGCGAAGCGGCCGACAAGAAGCUCCCGGCGCCCGGCCAGCUCCCCAAGGCGGGCUCCGAGUACCACCCGUGCCAACUGUGCGGCGAGACCUUCCCCAGCAAGGCGAGCCAGGAGCGCCACCUCCGCCUGCACACCUCCGAGGUGUUCCCUUGCAAGUACUGCCCGGCCACUUUCUACAGCUCUCCUGGACUCACCAGACACAUCAAUAAAUGCCACCCGUCAGAAAAUAGGCAAGUUAUCCUUCUCCAAAUGCCAGUGCGCCCUGCCUGUUAGAAAAGGAAGAGAGAGAGAGAGAGAGAGAGAGACGGGGGGUGACAAACCGUGCCUUUCCUAGUUGCUACUUAGCCACAUCCUGAGAGAGAGAGGAAGAGAAUAAAAAUCAAAUCAACUUCGCUGUUGUUUUUUUAAACGCUAACGCCUUUCCGUGUACUGUACCUUCAUCUCACAAACUGCACCUUUCACUCAAAACAAUAACAGCUUUAAUGUAGCUUUGUGAUACACUGGACACAUGGAGAUUUUCAGUUGUCUUGAACAAAGCAGUAAUUAGAACAUUCCUUUAGAUUAGCCACAAAUGCCUUGGAUUACUGAUCCGAAUGUUUCACCACAAUGAUGUAAAUGCCUUAAUUUUUCGAAGCUUUCCACGUUUUACCUUCAAUGGGUUUGUUGCAUAUAAUUUUACUGUCUGGAUAUAUGUAUUGAUUGCUAAAUGAAUACAUUUUUAUAAUUUAUUCGUUUUAUUUAUUUAUUAAAAGAAGUUAUUGUGAUAAUAUUGCAUUAUUUCGUUAUCUAUUUUGAUGUUGUGUCUGUUUGGUUCAGUAGCUUAUGACGUUUCCAUUUUUCCCAUAUUUCAAACCGAUCUUGAUUUUGUAAACACACAUGAAAUUUUUUUUGGAUCACUUUAAACACCAUCGUUUCUGCUCCCCUCCCAUCACCCACUCGUGUGAAGCUGUCGACUGCUCUUAAAUUAAAUGCAAUCCCUUUUUCUACACAACUUAUUUUCUUAACUGUUAGCUUUUAUAUCGUGGUUCCAAAUGUAUGUUCCCGACUGUGUUUGUUACUGGAUAUUUACAUAUAUUAAAAUACGUCUAAAUUA